CCCUGAUCGAGGCCGAUUGAGAAGCCCUCCGGUCCACAAACAGGUCUUCCGUACAUACAGUCGAGGAAGGUAGGAUAUCAUUGUAUGUCCAGCCUCUUAUGCUGUGCGCCCCAAGAACUCGACACAGCCUGCCUCGGAGAUACACAUUAGUCUUUGUAAAUUGAGAUCAAGUACACAUCUACUACAUACCUAGGUACCUAGUCUACUACCCAGGUACCUAGGUGGUGACCGUCCCAGGUGCGUUAGGUACAUACCUACUUAGGUACUGUGUAGAUAGUUCUUUGUAGGUAAGUAAGGAUAUCGGGAGGAAACUGCGUUGCAAAGUGGAUAUCCAUCCGCACUUGCCCCGGGUAACAGGCCACCGAGAUGUUCCGUGCCGCCUGUGCUGUCUCUCUGCUUCUUAGCCUGCAAGGUCCCGUGUCUGGGGUGGGGGAGUGCCCUGUUUACCUACCUAGACAACCUAUGUCAAUCCAUUCCCGGGUUUCGGUACCAUCUCAGCAGUUUAAAGUCCAUCCCGCAUGCCUUUGAAGUACUUCAUAUUACACAUAGUUUAAUGGCACACUAUUCGUCCCGCAUGAAUUCGCGACUCUCACAGCUCGCACGCCACUUUCCAAGAUCUCAAGCUAAUAUCGGCUAUACGCCCGUCAUUACGACCCCGCGACCUAGCAUUAAAUCUACUGCGUCGAGAAUCAUCAUGGCUUCGACUCCAAAUCCGGCGAUUGGAGGAAAUCCUCGAACCAUCCACACUGCCGCUUGUCUCAUUAUCGGCGAUGAAGUCCUAGGCGGCAAGACUGUUGAUACAAAUUCAGCUUUCAUGGCAAAAUGGUGUUUCUCUCUCGGCGUGAACUUGAAGAGAAUCGAGACUAUUGAGGACGACGAAAGCGAAAUCAUCGAGGCUGUACAGAGGAUGAGUAAUCGCUACGACUUUGUGGUAACUAGUGGAGGGAUAGGACCAACGCAUGACGAUAUUACUUAUCAGUCUAUAGCCAAGGCAUUUGGGCUACCACUCGAGCUUCACGCCGAGGCGUACAAGCGCAUGAAGAAGCUCACCAAGCCCAACAAGUUCCAGCCAGGCUUUAGCUGGGAUGUCGAUUCACCGGCCAAGACUGCGCGACUACGGAUGGUUGAAUUACCAUUUGACAAAAACCGUGAUCUAGCCAGCCAGGCGCUGUUUCCUUGUGACGAGCUUUGGGUGCCCGUCUCUGUUGUUAAUGGCAAUGUCCAUAUACUUCCAGGCGUCCCAAGACUAUUCGAGAGUUUGCUAAAUGGCCUGAUCCCCUUGAUCGAUGACCGACUCGAGAACCCCGAGGGCGGAGGCAUAUGGCGAGUUAUUGUCUCGACACCGCUGCCCGAAAGCGCCGUCGCAGGGUAUCUAACCGAGCUGGCUGCGAAAGUAGCCGCGAAAGGGGUCAAGGUUGGAAGUUACCCACGCUGGGGAAAGAAGAACAACACGGUCACCCUCGUCGGCCGCGAUCGUGACUAUCUAGAGAGCCUGGUGCCAGAGGUACUGGCCAACGUAGAGGGCAAACGGAUUAUCAUGGAAGGGGAGGCGGAUGAUGAACCUGAGCAGCAGUAGUUAUUCUAUUAUAAAGACUAGCAUAUCGGUGAGAUGAUCUCACAGACAUUGUUCUUGUGCGCCGGGGCUGAGCGGAAUAGCUUAUCGCCUUGUAUGUGCCCUAAACCUCGCAGCUCGC